AAACUAUAAAUAGAACUAUUGAAUUGUGAAGAAAAAAAACAAAUCAUUGUUUUGAUUGAAUCAAAGACGCAUAUUUCAGCAAAAUACCAGUCAUCCAUAUCCUCCAAGACAGAGACUCCAUCAGGCAACAAGAAAUGCUACUUGACAGGGAACCAUUACAUGUUGUAUAGUGCAGUCAUCAAGAUAUUUUUCUGGGUCAAAGGUCAAUACAUGAACUGGAUGGAGUGAUUUUCUUAAAACCUUACCACAAAAAAAGAAAUCUGCAAGCGAGAAAGGACUACAUGAUUGGAAUCAAUUUUAGAUCCAGACUAUUUACAGUAAACCAUUUUUCUUAUAAUGAUAACUUAUGUUAUCAUUCAUAACCCAGAUUCUAGUUCUGACAGAACUGUGAUCAGUUUGGGAAAGAUUCCACAUCUUUAAAACAUUUUCAACCAUGACAUUUUUAAUAUAUUUGCAAAGAGAAUAGAAACUUCUACUUGGCUCUAUGCUGGUUUUUUGGCUGAGCAUUAUAAAGUGGGCUGUGUGGUCUACACUGCAUCGUGACCCCCUUCAUAUGAAAUGGAGAACAGCGGCUGCAUCCCUCUGUGUUGGAGCAAAGGGGCCUGCAUCUAUGCGCAGCAUCCUCUACCAAAAUAUGACGGCCAGUUAGCCCCAGCAGGACCGUCCGAGUCAGGCAUGGCAUCGUCUUCCUACCUGGAGCCCAGCCUCAAUCACUCAGCAGCGGGUGGUUGUGGGGUUAAAUCCCGGCCUGGGAUGCCUGGAGCUCCUGGCACCAGUGGUUCUGCUGGAGGUCUGGAGAGGCCUCCAGGGUCCAUGGACCGUGUACUUAAAAUCUUCCAUUACUUUGAGACAAACAAUGAACCAAGCACCUGGGCAAGUAACAUCAGGCAUGGAGACGCUACAGAUGUCAGAGGUGUUAUCCAGAAGAUAGCAGAGAUCCAUAAGUUACGCUGUGUAUCCUCUUUGGGCCUCCGUUUGACCCAUCUGCACUCUGACGCGCUCCACUGGUUACAUCCAGACCUGGGCGUGUCCCAUGUCAGGGAGAGGUACGAGAAGCAGCAUCCACAAGAAGAGUGGCGGUAUGAGCUCCGGAUACGAUACUUUCCUAAAGGUUAUCUUAGCCAUUUCUCUGAAGACAAACCUUCUCUCAACUACCUCUAUCACCAGGUGAAAAGUGAUUAUAUGCAACAUUUAGCCGACCAUGUGGAUCAAGAUGUUGCACUGAAACUAGGCUGUUUAGAAAUAAGGAGGUUCUUUAGAGAGAUGCCGGGCAAUGCUCUUGAUAAGAAAUCAAACUAUGAGCUACUAGAAAAAGACGUGGGUUUGAGAAGGUUCUUCCCUAAAAGCCUGUUGGACUCCUUAAAGGCAAAGACCCUUCGUAAGCAGAUCCAGCAGACGUUUAAACAGUUUGCUAACCUCAACGAUGAGCAGAGCAUCCACAAGUUCUUUGAGAUAAUCACUCCCAUCUACCCCUUUGACAAGGAGUGCUUUAAAUGCGCUUUAGGGUCUAGUUGGGUAAUAUCAGUAGAGCUGGCAAUAGGACCAGAGGAAGGAAUCAGCUACCUCACAGAUAAGGGCUCAACUCCAACACACUUAGCUAAUUUUAACCAAGUCCAGUCAAUCCAAUACUCCGCUUUGGAGGAAAAGGACAGGAAAGGGAUGAUUCAGCUAAAUGUCGCUGGAGCUCCAGAGCCCCUCACUGUCACUACAGCUUUGCUGAACACAGCAGAAAACAUGGCUGACUUGAUUGACGGCUACUGUCGUCUUGUCUCUGCGGUCACUCGCUCCUUCAUUGUCAGAGUCCAUAAAGAGGGAGACAGAGCUCUGCCUUCAAUACCUAAAGUUUCAAAUCAUGAGAAGCGGAUGGAGAAGCGGAUGGAUGGAGUACGCACCCGGGCCGUUUGUGUGUCAGGUCACGUUAGUGGCGAUGAAACAGAUGACUAUGCUGAGAUCAUAGAUGAGGAGGACACCUACACCAUGCCUUCAAAAUACUAUGGACUAGAUCAAGCUAGGGACUAUGAGAUUCAGCGGGAUUGCAUUGAGUUGGGGCGCUGCAUCGGUGAGGGUCAGUUCGGAGACGUCCAUCAAGGAGUCUACAUCAGCCAAGAGAACCCAGCGUUAUCUGUGGCAGUGAAGACGUGUAAAAACUCCACAUCAGACAGUGUCAGGGAAAAAUUUCUGCAGGAAGCAUUGACAAUGCGUCAGUUUGACCAUCCUCACAUAGUGAAGCUGAUGGGAGUCAUCACAGAGAAUCCAGUGUGGAUCAUCAUGGAGCUCUGCACGCUCGGGGAGUUGAGGUCGUUCCUCCAGGUUAGGAAGUACAGUCUGGAUCUGGCCACUCUCAUCUUGUACUCUUUCCAGCUGAGCACAGCCCUGGCUUACCUGGAGAGCAAACGCUUCGUACACAGGGAUAUUGCAGCACGAAACGUGUUGGUGUCCACAGUGGACUGUGUAAAACUGGGGGACUUUGGUCUUUCCAGAUACAUGGAGGAUAGCUCGUAUUAUAAAGCAUCUAAAGGUAAAUUGCCCAUUAAAUGGAUGGCUCCAGAAUCCAUCAACUUCAGACGGUUCACUACAGCCAGUGACGUCUGGAUGUUUGGCGUCUGCAUGUGGGAAAUCCUGAUGUACGGCAUCAAGCCUUUCCAGGGCGUGAAGAACAACGACGUCAUUGGCAGGAUAGAGAACGGCGAGCGCCUUGCCAUGCCCCCUCAGUGCCCCCCUACCCUUUACAGCCUAAUGACGAAGUGUUGGUCCUACGAUCCCAGCAAAAGGCCACGCUUCAAUGAACUUAAAACACAACUCAGCACGAUAUUAGAGGAGGAGAAGAUCCAGCAGAAAGAGAGGAGCAGGAUGGAGAUGAGGCGGCAGGUCACCGUCUCUUGGGACUCAGGAGGAUGUGAUGAAGCUCCACCUAAACCCAGCCACCGUCCGUCCCUGCAGCCCACCUUCAGUCUGGAUUGUAUUUCUGCUCCUUCUCUUCAUCACUACCAACAAAAGCAGCGCUUUGCCUCACAGCUUUCCCUCUGCAUUGGAAACCCUCAUCCAUCAUCUCCCUCCUCUUCCUCACACCCACCUGCUCCUCCUCUCUCCUCACUACCUUUGACGUUUCCUCAUCACUUUUUCUCUUCUACCAGCUUAGGGCCUGACUCGUCUCUACUUCACUAUAAAAGCUCUUUGUCUAAGGAAAAGUUAAAAGCUGAAUUGAAUGUUUCUCCUUUAUGGUUUCCCCAAACCAAUGCUGAUGUCUGCCUUUCACCUGACACACACUCAUGGAUCCCAUCCACUGAGAGCCUCCAGAAGAAUGCCCCAACUAACAGCAACCACUCCUCUCCUUGGCGUCCAGUACUUUCCCACUCCAAUCCAACUUUUGACUGGCUGCACCACAGCUCCCCGUCUAGUCCUGAAGCUUUGCCAUUCCCCAGCUUUGACCCUGAAUCCCAGACUAAUCCUAGCAUCACUGACCCCCAGACAGGGUACACUGCUGUGCAGUCAGGUUGGAGCUCCCAGCUCAUCCCUUCCCACACUGAGAAUGUCUUCCCAGCAUCCUGUUAUCUAUCAUCCACCAGCCCUCGCUCUCCCAGUCCAACGUCCAGCUUCCCUGUUGCCCCCCACAUGCUGUUAGCUAUCCCGUUUUCUAAAGGAGCUUUUCCCAGACCAUUUCAGCCAAGUAGACCAGGCUACCCCAGUCCCCGCUCCAGUGAAGGUUUCUACCCCAGUCCACAGCACCCUGGACACUAUCAGAUGGCAGCAUAUCCAGGCCCACACACCCUCCCCUCUGUUCCCAGCGCCCUGUACCCUCCACAGGCCGCUAUGGUGGACACACACCACGCACACACACACCCUCGCCACCACGUCCACACACACUCACACACACAGUUGCUUCCUCAGCAGCAUGGGUUGUCCAUGGCACUUGGGGGCUCGGUAGUGGAGGACAGGGCAAUAGACAUGCAGCAGUGUGUAGGCCAGCAGUGCCUGUUAAUGGAGGAGCAGCUGAUGAUACAGCAGCAGCAGAUGGAGGAGGAUCAGAGGUGGCUAGAAGAGGAGGAGAGGCUGCUGAAACCAGACCCAAGGAGCUCUAGAGGAAGCUUGGAAACAGAAGAAAGUGGACUCCAGCCACCAACAGGAAACCAGCACAUUUACCAGCCUGUUGGCAAAUCAGAGCAUGUGGUCCCCCCCAAAAAGCCUCCUCGACCAGGGGCCCAGAGCCAGCUGGGUAGUCUGGCUUGUCUAAACACUGGAGACAGCUACAAUGAUGGCGUCAAGCCUUGGCGGCUGCAGCCUCAGGAGAUAAGCCCUCCCCCCACAGCCAAUCUGGAUCGCUCAAAUGACAAAGUGUAUGAGAAUGUGACUGGUUUGGUUAAAGCUGUGAUCGAGAUGUCGAGCAAGAUUCAGCCAGCUCCUCCAGAAGAAUACGUCCCAAUGGUCAAGGAUGUGGGUCUAGCUCUGAGGACGUUAUUAGCCACGGUCGACGAGACUCUACCUCAACUUCCAGCCAGCACGCACAGAGAGAUCGAGAUGGCCCAGAAGCUGCUGAACUCUGACCUGGCAGAGCUGAUUGGAAAGAUGAAGUUAGCCCAACAAUAUGUGAUGACGAGUCUUCAGCAAGAUUACAAGAAGCAGAUGCUGACGGCGGCUCACGCUCUCGCCGUCGAUGCCAAGAACCUGUUGGACGUCAUCGACCAGUCGCGGCUGAGGAUGAUGGCCCACUCCCGCCCCUACUAGCCCCCGUCUACAGGAGACUGAGUGCCUCUCGGGUCUCUGUCGGAUAUCUAAAGACUCAUGGAUACCUUAAGAGUGUCAGUGGUCAGAGGAGACAGGUUCAGCAGCUCAUGCACCAAUGGAGCAAGCAGUGAGCUGCAGUCUGGUUCAGUAACUUUCUUCAACUUUACUUAAACCACUGUGACUUUAUUUAAUGAAAGAUCAGAGAAAAACACCUGAAUCAGAGACCUGGCUGCUCCCCUGGUAGAGAGAAUGACAUGAGUUGAUUUUUAAACGGGAUCUGAAGGUUAAAUAGAUAUAAAGCUUAUUAUGAUAUCAAACACUAUCGUGGGAAUGGAUAGAGCUGCUGACAUCAGGGGGGUGAAUUAGACUGUGAUUAUACUGAAACAUAUCUCUGUGAAACCGAACAGAGGAAGUGACCAUCAGCCAGCAGCCGUCUGUUUUGUUGAUGUUGAUCAUAGGUUUUGAACUCUUCAAUCAACUGAAACAGGAACCUGGCAGAUCAGACCUCGAUUCCUUUGUGUUCCGAUCCCAUUGCAGACGUUUGCUUUCUACGGAUGUUACUACAGCACAGAGUGCGUUUCCUCUGGAACUGCAGCCUUUCGGCUUCUCCUGUGUUUCCUCUGUCUCACCAGCUUUUAUUUAUAGAACUCUAAUGACAGAGGAGACAGAGGGAGGAUCGGGAAUCUUAACAUUCAGGACUUUCUGCAGAACGCUCUCUGUCCUCUGCUUCUCUCUGGUCUUCCUGCGCUCCUCUCUGAGCUGGUUCUAAAGACUCUUAAUGUGAAGAAUUCAAAUCUGUCAGGGUAACACCCAACCACUGGCAAGACACAUUCAGCUUCCCAGUUUAGUCUGUUCUUUUUGCUGGCUGGCUCCAUGUUUUUUUGUAUUGUUUUUAGCAGUGACCGUCUUCUUCCUGUAUCUUCAAACUCAGGAAAGAGGACUUCUACUUGGACUAUUUAUGUAAGUAAGGCAUCUAUUCCUCUGAUAUUUACUCCCAAUAUGUCUGUCCCUAUCAGAAAAACUGGUCCAAAACCCCCUUCAGAGGCACUACACCUGCACUUUGCUGGGCCAAAACCAAACCCACACCUGGAACCUGUGUGAAUCCCUCGUUUAUGUCAGAUGCAACACUUAAAAAAAAAAAAAUGUCCCUCCUAGCAACAGUCUCCAAGAAAACAAACAAACAAAACCAGGAGAAAAUGCGGACUGGAACUUGUUCUGCUGUGACAUACAUCUAUAUGAAACACCCUGGCCACCGUACUGGUGUAGCAUGAUAUACUGGUAAGGAGAAGAGCAUAUUUGCACAGCACCUAAAAAAAAAAAAAAAGAAAAACACUAGUUCUGAUGGAUUUAAUCCACAUAAAACCCAGAUGUUAUCUCCAUAUUUAGCCAGCAAUUAAA